AUGCCGAUUGAGGCCCUUCCGCAGGCCACAGUCAGGGCAAUCGGAUCUACAUCUGUCAUCUCCGAUCCUUGUUCAGUUGUGAAGGAGUUGAUUGACAACGCCUUGGAUGCGGGAUCCUCUUCUAUAUUUAUUGAAAUCUCAUCCAAUACUGUGGAUGUGAUACAAAUCAAGGAUAACGGACAUGGCAUUCCAUUAGAGGAUCACGCCAACGUGUGCAAACAUGCGUGUACAAGCAAGAUCCAAACCAUUGACGACUUGAGAAAUGUGGGUGGGACAUCACUUGGCUUCCGAGGUGAAGCGCUUGCCAGUAUCGCCGAGAUGUCUGGCGGCCUCACCAUCACUACCCGUGUUGCUUCCAGCGUCACUGGCUCAUCUGUCAAAUACCAGAGGGACGGCCGAAUUAUACAGCAGCGAACAUCUCAUCCGGUUGGGACCACCAUCCGUGUUGUUGACUUCAUCAAACACAUACCUGUCCGCAGACAGGUGGUACUAAAAAGCAUAACCAAAAUCCUUUCUAAAAUCAAAAGGCUGCUUCAAGCGUAUGCUGUUGCGCAACCAUCCAAGAAAUUUUCCUUUAAAGUUUUAAAGGCGAAGAAUGAAAACAAUAACUGGAUGUAUGCACCGAGUACUGGGUCAAGUCUGUCAGAUGCAGCAGCGAAGAUCUUUGGCAGAGAGUUAUCUUCUUGUUUAGUCAAAAAAGUGCUUUCAUCUGAAUUUUCUUCCAACAUGGAACAUGGCCCAGAUCAAAGUGCAUACAGCCUUUCAUCUCUACUUCCGAAGGCGGACGCAGAUAUAUCCAAGGUGAACGGCUCGGGGCAAUUUAUUAGUGUGGAUGGUCGGCCGCUGUCGAAUACCACGGGGAUAGGCCAAAACAUUGCGAAGCUCUUCAAAAAUCACAUUCGCGCGGCCGCGUCCAGAAACGAAAUCACCAAAUCUAGCACCGAUCCGUUUCUUUUUCUCGAAAUUACCUGUCCGCAAGGCUCAUACGAUGUGAACGUUGAGCCGGGCAAAGAUGACGUAAUUUUUGAAGAUCGUGAAGUUGUGUUGGAUCUGGUCGAGAGGCUUUUAGAAGAUCACUAUGGCCCGCUUCCUGAUUCCCGGAGGAAAGGCCAAGUCAAAAAUCGAAAUCCAAAGACUACGCAGUCAGGCGACGAUUUUGAUCUGCUACUAAAUCGACCGCAUUCUAGGCAACCUUCUAUCGUGCUGGAGAAUGCAGAAGACCAUAUGGCCGACUCUCCUGUUGCGGCUCCCUUCAUAGAGACCACUACUCGCUCAAAUCUCUCAUCCAAUGGUACAGAAUUACAACCAUUGAAAGUUUCCAGUGGUAACCAUAUUUCGAAGUCGGCUGAAGCUCGAAAUCCCCGAUUAAUCAACCCUUGGUCCGCCUCAAAGAUGAACAUGUCCUUGCACACGCCGCGGCGCAAUCAAGGCUCUCAGCCUGCUAGGGCUGGGAAUUUAUCCUGCGAUUCAUCUCCAGGAAAUGUACGACGGAAUGCUGCCCAAAACGCGGUUUUUCAAUCAUCACCUGAGAAUGCUGAGUUUCUGAGCCCCCCAGCCUCGCGACUGACAUCCACCUCCCCAGUUGCUCGACAAACAAAUUUACCAUUCUCACAAUUGUCUCCUACUCAGAGGAGCUCGGUGACUAGCGGUCAAAAGGCAGCGAGACAACGUGACAAGGAAAAAUACGGCAAUGGAGCACUUGAUACAUGGUUUACGCGGACGACGCAAGUUUCGUUAGACCAAGACUCUUCGGACCCUGCUACUGGGGAAGAAAUCGCAAUACCUACAAUAUCUCAGCUUGCCGAGGAAAGAUUUGGAACAACAUCUUCAGAGGAUCUACUUGAAAAUGCGGCCGAUUCUGGAGUCUCCCAAGCGAAAAAUGGUACGCAAGACCCUGAUUCUUCACCGGAUGAAAAUGCGUCCAACGAGCCUGGAUAUCAAGGCGCCAUGGACAGCGGGCGCGGUUUUCCCGUUCUUGAAAGAUGGGCCGCCAAUCUUCGCGAGGGCUUCACCUCAGAAACGCAAUCCGAGCUAGAGAAGGCGCUUGACUUUGAGCAAAGAAAGAAAGAAGCUAUGCGAAACCAUCGCAAUCGCCAAGAAACAAACGAUACGCCAUUAAGCUCUCAAGUCAGCACUGCGGUAUCUCACUCGCCUCAUCAUAAUCGCUUUCUCAAAGCUAAGGCUGCUUUGGCAUCAGAUCGACCAUUUUUCAUUGUGUCGCCGGAUGUGAAUUUGAUACCGCCUAAUGAUCCAAGAGCAUAUCUCAUUCGUCAUUCGGGUGGCCAAGAAUCUACAAAUCCUACGAAGGCCCAACGGUAUCAAACAUCUAAAAUGCCAUUUGAACGCAUACCCGAAGGAUGUGAUCUUCAUAGUGUUGGGAUCUCAAUGUCGGUUGAUUUGUCGAAGUUAAAAGAAUCAUUGAAAGGAUCAUCACUUCACGAUUCUUAUAUCCGGGAUGAGAACGUGGACCCAUUUACCGCAUCCGAUGUGGGACAUCUCGCCCCAUUGUGGAACAGUCGACUGAAUUCUAUAUUGAGGCAAAACUACAAGGCCAGAAGCGGGCCCCAGACAUGCAAUCCCCAGAUUGAUAUUACCCCCGCUGUUAUCAAUCACUCAACCCAGCUACAGUAA